AUGACGCUUACAAAUCAUAAUACUAUAUUUUGUUACUCAAGCAAGUAUCAUUGCAGCAUGGUGGUCAUUGUAAUGUAUUUCAUUAAUCUUCUAUUUUUAUCUCCUACAGCAGCAGAAUAUAUGAAUAAUUUUGAUGGUGGAUUUAGUGCCCAUCUUAUCCGAAAAAACUCUCCGAAGUCACCCUUGCACAACAACAAAAAGAAUAAAGGUGUUCGACGUUUGAUGGGUCCAGAUACACCGCAAUCAGCAUUGAUUCCCGACCGGAAAUCUCAUGAACAUCUUAUGAAGUUUUCAGUAGGAACCCCGCCAUUCGAGAUCUUUGUUAUUGCCGAUACCGGUAGUAGUUUACUAUGGACGCAAUGUAAGCCAUGUAAGAAUUGUUACAAGUCGAAACAUGGCAUAUUUGACCCGAGAAAAUCGUCAACUUAUCGCAAGGUUACAUGUUCUGAUAGCGAGUGUAGAGCGUUUGAUGAUGUUAAUGAUUGCAAGAACAAUCCUCAAGCUACUUGCACGUACAGCCAGACGUACUUAGACAAUGAAUAUUCUAUGGGUGAAGUGGCUAAAGAAGUAGUUACAUUGAAGUCCACUUCAGGUAAAGUUGUAGUCCUAAAAGACAUUAUGAUUGGAUGUGGAGCAAAUAAUAAAGAAGCAGAUGUACCUAAGGAUGGAAUUUAUAGUGACAUGGGAGUUAUAGGGCUUGGACAAGGACCCGAAUCGUUUAUUUCUCAAAUUAGUUCCCAUGUUGGAGGUAGAAUAUUUUCCCAAUGCUUGAUGCCUAUGGAUACUUCUCCAGAAAUCGAAAGCUACAUCAACUUCGGGAGCAAGAGUAAACUUUCAGGUGUGGGGGUUGUGUCGACACCUUUAGUCGAUAAAGAAGAAGCCAAUGAAAAUUAUUUUGUGACGAUGAAAGGAAUUACAAUCGGAAAUGACUUUAUUCCUUUUAACUCAAAGGGGCCAUCAGUUGAGAAAGGCAACACGCUCAUAGAUUGUGGCACAAGUUUUACAUAUUUACCACGAGAUCUUUACGAUCGUGUGGUGAAUCUGCUGGUAGACGGACUUGUUCCUAAGGUUGAGACAUUCAAAGUUCCUACAGGUGGUGUGACUAAUUCAUCUGUUGUUUGCUUGAACACAACGACGAUGCCAAAAGCACCGAAAAUGGCUUUGGAUUUCGAUGGUGGUGGCAAGCUGCAGUUAACGUCAGGAUAUAUAUAUACAGAAGAAGAUGAAGAGAAUAAACAAGAUGUAUUCUGUCUUGGAUUCAUGGAUUCCAGUGACAUGGGCUUCCCGAGUGAGGCUGUUCUUGGAAACAAUGUUCAGGGGAACAUUUUAGUUGGUUUUGACCUGGAUAGAAAAAUUGUCUCAUUCAAGAAUACUAAUUGCAUGAAGAUGGGGACUCCUCCUGACAAGGAUGCAACGGAGCUCUGA